AUGGAUUGCCAGCAUGUGCGAAAUUUGGAAGAUAUAAAUGAAAUUUUGACGUUAGCAAAACUGAAUACAAAUGAUGUCAGGCCACUGGCACAAACACUUCGUUUCACUCCAGAAAACCUUCAUGACAACAAUUACAAAUUACUACAACUUGAUUCCCAUCUUUUGAAUGAUAUUACAGAGGGUAAUACUCUGUAUAUCAAGGGGGAUGAUGAUGAUGAAGUUGUUAUUUGUUCAGAAACACAUACUUUCCAUGUUACAGAAGCAGAAACGUCCAAUAGCUUACUGCUUGUCAAACACUUGAAAUUCAACAAUGAAAUCGAAGAAAAUGAGGACCCACGAAUCAAUAAUAUUUUGGUCAGUAGCAUAUUUUAUGAUUAUUUGGAAGCUGUUGUUGGCAAACCUCAUUUGAAAAAGUUGCAUGAGAUACUCAAUAAAUCAGUUUAUAAAGGUCCUGAGGUUGAAUUUGAAGUAGAUCAGAACAGUUUGUUAACAUUUGAAGAACUUAGUAAUAAAGUACAAGCUUCAAAUAAAGAACUGAAAGAUGCAUUGGAAUCAAUGACUGUCCUAGAAUUGAAUAAUAAAAUUAGAUUAUUAGACUUGGAGUACCAUUUCCGGGUGUUAUCGCUUAUGUUGAAACUGGUAGAAGAAAAUUCCUGGCAAUUAGAUGAAAUAGACUUUGACGAAACAAUAGAAGCUCUGAAAGAUUUGGCUCCCAGAGAGGUUAUCUCUAGUUUGUUUGAUAAAUACACUGAAGAAUCAAAGCUCAUAGACAGUCUACAGCUGUAUCGCUACAAGGAAGAUGUGGUUUGCACAUUUUUUGCAAAAGUUUUGUUACAUGGUACUGGUAGAUUUGAACUUAAUGAAUUUUUGCAAACUUGGAAAGACUCUGUACCUGAGGGGAUGAUAUGUGAUGAAGAAAUGCUAUAUGGGUUAGCAGUUAUUGAUAAAACUUCUGACCCAAAUAUUAUCUUUGCAUUUGAUGAAACCAGCUUGCCUGAGAAUAUCAAUGAGAGAUUCAAGACAUUGUUUCAAGUGAAGACAAAGUGGAGUGUCCCUGAGAUAACCCCCUAUAUAAAGCAGUUAGCAACAGUGAAACUUGAUGUGAAUGCACUAUUGGCAAAACAUGCAAGGGCCUCCAAGGUUGAUGGAAUCAAAUAUUAUUCCUCAAAGCAUGGAAAAUGA